ACCAUGUUUUAUCUUUUUUCUCCUUUAUUCAAAUAUCAAUUCUUUUCAAAAAGAUGCAUUAUAGCAACUUCCAAUUGGUAGACAAAUCUGAAAUCUGCGCCUUUUCACAGGUUACAGUAAAUUAUCUUGCUAAAAGUGAAAAAAAGAAGAAGAAGAAGAGAGGAGAUGGAUCCGGAUUCAGUGAAAUCAACUCUCUCUAAUUUAGCAUUUGGAAAUGUAAUGGCUGCUGCUGCUCGUGAUUACCAGAAGGAAGUGUUGGCUCAAGAGAAGGCGCUAGCAUCAUCUUCUGUUAAUGAAGACAUAGAUCUUGAUGAACUGAUGGAUGACCCUGAGCUGGAAAAGUUGCACGCAGAUAGGAUUGCGGCUCUCAAGAAAGAAGCAGAGAAGCGAGAAGCUCUAAAAAGGCGAGGGCAUGGAGAAUAUAGAGAGAUUAGUGAAGGAGAUUUUUUGGGUGAAGUUACUGGUUGUGAGAAAGUGAUUUGUCACUUCUACCAUCGGGAGUUCUAUCGAUGCAAGAUCAUGGAUAAGCAUUUAAAGUCUCUCGCACCAAGACAUGUUGAUACAAAGUUUCUAAAGUUGGAUGCGGAGAAUGCUCCUUUUUUCGUUACGAAGCUGGGAAUUAAAACUCUACCAUGUGUCAUCUUUUUCAGGAAUGGAAUAGCUUCAGAUAGGCUGGUUGGUUUUCAAGAUUUGGGCGGAAAAGAUGAUUUCAGCACGAGGACUCUGGAGGGUCUGCUGUUAAAGAAAGGAAUCAUCAAAGAGAAUAAGGAAGAAGAAGAUGAUGAAGAUUCAUAUGGUGAAAGAAAUAAGACAGUGAGAUCGUCAAUCAAUCCAGAUUCUGAUUCAGACUGAUGAGUUAUUAGUGGUCACCAGUUUUGAAUCAUAUGACUAUUCGUCAGCCUUGAAUGCAUUCGUAUCCAAUGUUUCUUGGUAAAUUAUUCACCGUAUAACAAAAAGUUCCAAAUCGUAGAACUAUUAAGUGCUGCGUAUGUAAGCGCAUUAUCCCUCUUUGAAGCUUUCAUGUCAUACCCUAAUCUUUUCAAAAGCUCAGCUCUACGUAAUCUGCUUUAAUUUUUUUUGGAAUUAAAUGUUUGCUUAAUUCCAUUCAUAUUUAGCAUUAAUAUCUCUAUAAAUGGAUGUCCAGUAUUAUCACCAAACUCUGCUCUCCUCCGUAUAUUCCUUUUCUCCACUUGUUUCAUAUCUUUAUAUUCCUGCCAGAUCUCUCUUCUUAUAAAAGUUGUUUUGAAAGAAAUCUCUAAUUAGCCUUAUUUUCUCUGUUGAUGCAUAGAUGCUGUGCUUUGAUUCUUGAUGUUCGAGAUUAUGUCUCCAGUAAUCAGUGAAGUUCUUCUGUCUGGUUUUACCAUUAACUCAACUCUGCAUCGUCGUACUCACUUAGUUCAAUCCUUCUCAGUCGUCUUCCUCUACUGGUUCUACGUGUUUUCAUGAAACAGUAAACCUGAGUUUCCUUUUUCUUACUCAUUAAACUUCAUUCAAGAUCCCAACCCCUUGACUACAUUUUAGCUAUUAUUUACCUUUUGUAGCAGGGUACUUUUAUUUUCCAGGUAACUCAGAUGGCUGAGUUAAGCCAAAGGCUGCAGUCUCUAAAGGACACCAUUAACUGCAGGAAUUCAGCAAAUACAACUAAAGGAACUGAGGAUUAUUUAUGGGACUAUUAUGAAGGAAACAUGAAUCAUGUUAAUGGUGGUGAUGAUUCCUUCAACACUUGGAAUUUGCUCCAUGUUAAUCAGCUUGUCAUGGCUUCUAAUGAUGAGCAGAUCAUUUGGUCGUUAUAAAAACAUUUAGAAUGAUAAAUGGAAUUCAAGAAAAAGGAAAAUGAGAGUUGAUAAUUGGUCGUUUCUUUUGUUACUAUUAAGAUAACAGAAGAUCCGUUACUGUGUGUAAAUUGAGGAAAUGAGCCUUCAUCGCU